AUGUAUGUGACACGAUCUCUUUCUCACUAUAAGAGCUUUCCUGAAGCUCUUUAUUCGCCUCCUGAAGGGCCAAACUCGGGUUACCUGGUAAUCCAAGAUGAAGAGUCUGAAACAUACUCGUGUUUUGGGUUGUGCAAGAAUCGGUAUCUUGCAAGUCUGCCAUUUCCUCAAAACAAAACAUUGACAACACGUUAUUCAUCAGGCGGGGGUGAGAAUCGACAUGUUUCGUUUGAUGAAGUUGUGUUCAUUCCGGUCCUUAAUCAACCCUUGUCUGCUAACCGAUACUAUGCAAUAAAACCACAUGGAUCACGUAAAGGGGAAGCGUUUGCAUGUUCAAAGGAAGAAGACAUGGCAUCAUGUUGUUUUUGCAUGUGUGUCCGGGAUGUAAAACCAAGGCCAUUAGACCCGCAUGACAUAUACCAACAAUUUGAGGUUGUUCCUUAUGCAACUGCUUGUACAAGUGGUGGCAGCUAUCAUGCCAAGUCUCUUGCUCCAGAUGGCUUUCCUCCAAAUUUCUUAAGGAGAAAAGGUUGGGAGAUAUACACUAAAACAUCUAAAAACUAUACGUUAACUGAAGCGAAAGGAAUCAAUAAUUCCCUUCGUUCACGUCUUCCUGAUUUGAAUUUCCCUCCCUCGACGAAAUCUUCUAAUAGCGUGGUUGUUGGCAAGUGGUAUUGUCCUUUUGUAUUCAUCAAAGAAAGAACAUUGGCAGACCAGGUGAAGACGUCUAUGUAUUAUGAAAUGACAUUAGAGCAAAGAUGGGAAAGAGUUUUCGAGAAGGAAAACAAGCAUAAUGAUCCAGGAAAUGCUGUGACGGUGAAAUCUGCAAUUCAUAGCGAAGCAAUGUUUAUUGGUGAGAAUGGAAGGGAGGCAAUAUGGGAUGAGAGAAACGUGGUAGAUGGAGCGGUAUGGUUUUCGUGUCCUCGAGAUGAUUAUGAGAAAGAAGAAAGUGUGGGAUUGAGUUUAGAAAUUGUUCAAAGAAUGAAGUGGGAAGAAGAAAAAGUUGGAUGGGUUGGUGUUGGGGACAAAAGGAUAGACAGGGUGAACAAACAAGACAAGUAUGAAGGGGGUGGUGUGUGGAAGAAAUUUGGUUGCUACAUUUUGGUUGAAAGGUUUGUGCUCAAAAGAAUGGAUGGAAGCUUGGUUUUAGCAUAUGAUUUUGGUCAUGCUCACCAGAUAAAAUCCAUUUUUGAAUAAAUUUGUGUGCUCUCUUUAUUGGUGAUCACAUGUUUAAAUGUUUUAUGUAAUCACUGUUUGGAGUUUUAGGUAAAAUUAUGAAAUUGAUGUUCUCAAUAUCUUAAUAUUUUUCCUUUGUGUUUUUACGAUUGAGUAAAUAAAGUAUCAAAAUUGUGGUUUUUGAGU